CUUGAUCUCAAUAGCUUUGCUUUCAUUUUAGGUAAGCAGCGUAACUGUUAAUUCAACUGAUGUUUGUCUAUGCACAACAGUUUAGACAAUAAAAGAUUGCCUUUUAAACUCUAAAUGUGAAUGGGAUAGUACAACUUCAAAGUGUAAAACAGUAACAACUUAAACAACUACAACAAGAUUCAUAUCAAAGCUUUGUACUGAUACAAAAACUUGUCCAAAGUAAUCGGGUUGUGUAUUUUCUGAAAAUAAAUGUAUAAUGAUGGGAGAUUGUUAAUCAUAUUUGGGUAAUUCAAAUGCUGAAUGUUAAAAGUUUUCUUCUAGAUGUAAUUACAAUAAAGAAUUAAAAACAUGCACUUCAAAUGAUGUAUGUAGUUAGUAUAGUGGAGAAGGUUAAUAAACUGAAUGUGAAAGUAUAAC